GUCUUCAUAGUAAAGUCCACGGCCGGUCCAAAAACAAGAUGGCGGUGUUGAGAGGUUGAAUGAUGUCCAAAGAAACACCUAACGAUACCAACACUGGUAGUAAUCUGACGACUGAGCAAUGCCAGCAAAAUAUAGAUCUUGCUCUGGAGGUCUACGAUCUCGUCAAAGAUAUUAAGGAUCCAGAAAAGCCUCAGACCUUGGAGGAAUUGAAUGUUGUAUCAGAAGAUAAUAUCAGAGUAGAGCAAAAUGGAGGAAAUAAUCACAUAACAAUCAUCUUUACCCCUACCGUGCCACACUGCUCUUUGGCAACCCUCAUAGGUCUUUGCCUUAGGGUCAAACUGGAGAGAACACUGCCUGACAAAUUCAAGCUGGACAUUUUCCUGGCCAAGGGAACACACUCAACUGAACAAGAAAUCAACAAACAAAUUAACGACAAAGAGAGAAUAGCUGCUGCAAUGGAAAAUCCCAACCUCAAAAAGAUAGUUGAGGACUGUAUUGAGGAAGAAGGUUGAAAUUAUAGGAACUGUAUCCUUAUCAUAACAAAAUUAAUGAAUCUUGUAAAACGUGUAAAGAUUUUUUUUUAAAUAUAAAACUCAAUUCGUGAUUAAACAAUUUAACGCAUUUUU